UAUUAUUUAUUUAUUAUAUUUUAUAUACACGAAAGUCAAAUGUGUCAAAGUCAAUGAUCAAGAACACUAUCUGACCACUCAUCGGUCUGGUUCUUCUCUCUUCAUUAAUCCAAUUAAUCGCAUUUACACAUCAAACGAAAAUGGGUAGUCAAAUCAGCCGUAUUAGCAGAAGCAGCAGCACCAUCCGCCGCCGUCCCCCGUCGUCGGAGCCUCCCUCUCGAACCCUCUCCAACCCCAUCUCCAAAUCCGACGCCGCCGCGUCGAAAUCGUCGAACGCCGAUUUCAGCUCAUACGAAGCCGCCUGCCGCGCCGAUCCAGAUCUACGGAGCUUCGACUCGAGCCUCCAGCUCCGUACGACUCGAGCCAUCAACUCAAUAGCCGUCGGCCUCGAGGUCCGAUCUCUCUCCCUAGAUUCUCUCUCCGACGUGACGGAAUGCCUGCUCGAGAUGAAUUACGAAGUAGUCAAAAUCAUCCUCCAGAACAAAAUGGACGUUUGGAAGAACAAGGAGCUGUCCGAACUCGUCGACGACUACUUCGAGAACAGCCUCGCAACCCUAGAUUUCUGCACCGCCCUCGACGCGUGCCUCAAACGCGCCGGCCACAUCGAGUCCAUCAUCAACGUAGCCCUAAAAAAGUUCCACGAGGAACAUAACUCCGGCGGCGGCGACAAGGACUACUCCAGAACCCUCGACGAAUUGAAAAACUUCCAAACAACAGGCGAUCCAUUCACACACGAGUUCUUCAAGGUCUUCAAUUCCGUCUACUCGAAGCAGCUCUCGAUGCUCGAAAAACUGCAAGUGAAGAAACGAAAACUCGAUCGAAAAAUGGGAAAAGUCUCGGCUUGGAGGAAAGUAUCAAAUGUCAUAUUCAUAGUCGCCUUCGCGUCCGUCUUGAUAUGCUCGGUCGUGGCCGCCGCGGUCAGCGCUCCGGCGGUGGUGACAGCGCUGGCGGCAGCCGCCGCUGUCCCGCUAGGGUCGAUGGGGAAAUGGCUGAACUCGAUUUGGAAAAACUGCGAAAGGGAUUUAAGAGGGCAGAGAGAGAUAAUUAGCUCAAUGCAGAUAGGGAGUUACAUUGUGAUCAAAGAUUUGGACAACAUAAGAGUGCUAGUGGAUAAGUUUCGGAUCGAGAUCGAAGCUUUGUUGGCUAACGCCGAGUUUGCGGGGAGUGGGGAUGAGGUGGCGGUGGUUGUGGCGGUGGAGGAGAUUAAGAAGAAGGUGGAUAGUUUCGUGAAGACAAUACACGAUUUGAGCAAGCAUGCGAAUAAGUGUACUCAAGAAACGAGGAUGGCGAGGACUUUGAUCUUGAGGAAGAUUAUUAAUCAUCCUAGUGGAUCGAAUCAGGACAUUGGUAUGUUUUCGUGAUGAACGUGUAAAUAAAAAUAGUGGUCCGUUCGUGCGGACCAUUUCCGAGAAAUUGAAAUGAAUAUAGAUGAUUAUUUAUGUAUGUGAUAGAGGUUAUUACCUCUUUGUAUACAUUAUCUAUUUGUUUUAGUUAACAUUAAUAAUUGGUCAGAAAGAUUUGUUUUUUUUUUACUUGGAAGAUCGAGUAACUAGUAGUUUCUAAAUGGUGAAGAUAGCAAGUGAUGCGUGUCUUUCUGGGCAGGGCGACUGUUGGAUUUCGACGUGUCGCCUUCCAAAUUAUACUAAGAAAAACGGACUUGCAAUGA